AUGCUUGUUGUACACGCUGAUCUAUUCGAUUCUCCAGAUCUGGCGAAUACCGAUCCCAACGCGGUUGAAUGUUCCGAAUACACGGAACCCGAACUGGAGUAUGCACUAUUUCUGCAUGCGAUCAAUAUGUUCUAUCAUUUGGUUUGCCACUCCUCUAGUCGAGCCCUAUUCUUUUCCGAUGGAAAUGAGGGUUUUGCUGCACCGGGCUCUAUUUCAUCUCUUGUGGGCAUGAUGGUCGAUUAUCUACGGAAUUGUAAUCCUGUGGCACAAGGAAAAGACUCCGGUACCACUCCAUUUGACAUGGUAGUUCUCUGUUUAAUGGAGUUGGCCAAACACCCACGAUACGGUGCUAGCUGUUUUGGUAGAGAUAUCGAGAAUUCUAUCGAUCAACUUGCCGAAAAAUCUCAACCGAUCAACAUUCUGUCCCUCGGACUGAUGGAACUAUUUCCUGUCAAACCUACUGCAUCACUGAAUAUGGCUGAUCCCGUGCGGCUAUCAAAAGCGGUCGCAUACACGGAUAUUUUUCGCAAUCUAGUCUCUCACAGUGAAGGACGCACAUUGUUACACAAAUUUGGCGCACUGACCGACACAAAUGAAAGAUUUAUCGAUCGCUUGCAAACAAUUGUUCGAUAUGUGAUCAAAUCUGCUGACGAGUUGUCCUCCCGGUCAGAGGUCGCGGAAUUCGCAACUUCCCUGAUUGAUUUGUGCGGACUGUUGAAUACGCUGUCUUCCCACGACAGUUUGUCCGGUGUCCUGCCCAUAUAUCACUUGACUGUUCGAACGUUCAAAACCCUGGUAAAUUUGUUUUUACGUUUUCAAUCCUCGUUCUCAAUGUGUCUGUGA